AUGGACCUGGGUCUCGAGCUUUGUACUCAUAAGCUAAUUCAAUAUGCCGUUUCUUGGACGCCAUCACCAGACACCCUCGUUGCGACCUGCGUGCUCGCACGCAAGGCAAGGUGGCUUCGCGAUGCAUGCAUCGCCGCCGCACUCCUGCUUCCUGCCGUGGCUGCUCUGCAUGGAAUCGUCCUUGCAAAGAUGCACGUCGAUGGUGGGUACUGCCCGAAACAACGUGCACAUGAAACCUCCACUACGCUAAAAAGCUUGAGUCACCUGGCGGCAUGGAUGCAAUCCGGGCCGUUGGGUCGUCCGGCGGCACGGGCCGGCCGACAGGGUAGACGAAACCCUGAUGCUGAAUAUCACCACCGCUUCUUCAUUUUGCAAGGCGUUGGACACCUGGCUAACACAUCCCGACGUCUCCGCGCUGCAGGUGCCGUCGACCUGGAUGUAUAUGGGGCCUUUCAGCUAUCUUCAAUAGCCAUCCUAGCUGCCCCCGUGACCCUCCGCAGGUCAACGACCUAUUUCGAUGGCCCAGGUCGAAACAUCAUCUUUGUAUGGACAGCCAUCUUGCUGGCGGGUAUGUUGAGCCUUGCAGUAGAGCUCUUUCGCAGCAAUCCAGUCCCAUGUGCGGCAAAUAAUAUUACGGCUGCGAACUUCCCGUACGGCGAGAAAGCAAGCGGGCUGUGCGGCAUCCAGUGCUCACAGGAACUCGGCCCCUUCUCGACAAUGCGCCAGGGAGCAACUGGCGAAAUUUACGUCAUACCCGCGCCAAAACUCUUCGAGUUCGGAACGGCCACGCUUCUUGCAGCCGGGUGCUGCAUCAUAUCGAUUUUAUCACUUGUUGACAUCUUCAACAAGAUCCGCCACGACAACCGGAAACGCCACGCCCGCGAGAAGGAUGGUGCUACCGAGGACCAGGAUAAUUCCGACGGAGAUAGCAAAGACCUUUCUGAGGGGCAACCCGAAGCCACCAUCUCUGGAACAAAUGGUGCUACCCAAAGCAUGAUGGAAAACGCCGAAACCCGUGCAAAGUUCUUGAUGGGAGCUGUCGAAAUACCGCUGUUUGCUGCCGCCAUUCUUGCCAUCCUCGUUAUAGGCGAGAGGAAUUUUAUGAGCCCGGAGCUUUCGCAUGGAACCGAACCCAUGGAAAACGUUGGUCAAUGGGCGCCGAUCGUGACCGCUGGUCUUGCCGCUAUUGGAUCGCUAUAUUUGCUCGGGGAAAGCAAUCUGCGCAAGUGGAGAAUAAAGAACAAGUGGAAGUUGCGCCGGAGGCUGUCGAAUGCAACUGCAACAACUGCCACAACUGCUCCAACAUUCUUCACGAGGCGUCAGAGCAGCGCCACUUGUGCUCAUUGCCAAGGUCACCUUGAAAGCCCAACGGACGUAAGGUCUGAUUCAGCAGUUGGGCCGCCAGAUAGGGGAGGUGCAGAACCCACCAGUGGAAGCCGAGACAGGAUCAACGAGGCGCUAUCUCGCUUCGCAGACAUUCUAGGCACAGCAAAUCCAGGCCAGAAAUCUUUCCGGGAAGGGCCCGCUGCCGACUUCCCAGAGACACCCGGAGAGAGAUUUAAAAAUUCCAAGUUUCAAGAAGCCAAGUCCAAGUACGACGAUAUCUCGCGGGAUCGGCUCCCGUCGCGCGCGCCCAGUAUCCGCACAGCCAUGUAUACAAGCGCCUUCGCCUUCCCACUUCCCGUUUCCUCGUGUAGGUACGCACCCGGCCAAAAACCAGGGCGGAUCCUCCUCAAGACCGGCGACCGAAAGGGGACGGCCAGGCGCUCGACGCCAUACUUUGGAGGUACCUUCGCUGGCGCAGCCCGGGUCUUCAUCCUCCACGAGCUCAAGCCCUACAGAGACUCACCGCUAUCAAGCGCAAGCUUCUUCCGUCCCGAAUUCAUCGCCUCAUACCUCUCCAACCAAUUCCGCUGCAGAGACUUGUUCCCUGCCCUCCAAGCCAUCCCCCACACAUGGUUCACAAAAAGAGCCGAAGAAGGCUCUGAGGUUACCGCUUAUUCUUGGGGCAAUGGGGGGGCGGCGUGCGUCGUCCCGCUCGCAGGCUGCUACCUACGCGGCCGCCGCGGUGGCCGUCGCCACCAUCGCGGAGAGGCAGGCGGCGGUUAG